GAGUGAGUGCGUGCCUCACUCGCUCUCUUUCUCGCCGCUGUCGCUGUUUUCUUUUUGUGGAUAUUGUUUUUGUUUCGGCAACAACAGUUAAUUAUUUGUGCAAAAGCGCGUGUGCACCGCCCCACACCUCGACAAAAAAUAUAGUGAAAGAGAGGAAAAGGCAGAAUACAGGAAAAGCCCAAGAGACACUCACACUCGCGCGCGCGCUGAGUGUGUGCGUGUGUGUGUGUUCUGCAGACCGCCGCCGCCACCGCUGCCGCUCCAGUACGAAAAAUCGAAGAACCCAGGACCUGCUCCGUUCAUCCGCUGCCACCGCUCUCGUGCUGGUCCAAGAGAAGAGCAUCCCGAAAAGAACCGUAACAAUGUCCUCCAUCGAAUUUGAGACGAUUGGCAGCCGACUGCAGUCGCUGGAGGCUGCGCUGCAGGCUCAGAACGAAUCCCAUGAACAAAUUGUCUUAUCGAGGCCGCGCGGUGGCAGCAGCGGCGUCAGCGGAGGCUCCUCAUCGCUGGCGCGUGUCCAACCAGCACCGGCAGCAGCCCCCUCUCCGGCCACCACUGCCGUCACCUCCACCACAGUUGGGCCGCAUAUCAGCAUAGCCUCUCGACCCGCGCCACCAGUUCCUCAGCCAGCGGGCGUCUAUGGCGGCACCUUUAUCCCGCCCACCAACAGGAGUCCGCGUCCCACACCGAACCUGCCGCUGUCCGAUGCUGGCUUGUAUCGGCGACCUAUGAUCCUGUCGCUGCCAACACAAUUGCAUCCUUCGGAAACGGAGACGGACAAGAAGCUAAAGAUCAUUAUGGCCCAGACGGGCAAGCUGAACAUAAACGGGCGGCAGUACCCGACAGACAUCCACGAUCUGCAGCACCUGGGCGAUCUGGGGAAUGGGACCAGCGGCAAUGUGGUGAAGAUGCUGCAUGUCUCCAGCGAUACAAUCAUUGCCGUGAAGCAGAUGCGGCGCACGGGCAAUGCGGAGGAGAACAAGCGCAUCCUGAUGGAUCUGGAUGUGGUGCUCAAGUCCCACGACUGCAAAUACAUUGUAAAGUGCCUCGGUUGCUUCGUGCGCGACCCGGACGUGUGGAUCUGCAUGGAACUGAUGUCGAUGUGCUUCGACAAGCUACUCAAACUCUCCAAGAAGCCGGUGCCGGAAUGCAUUCUCGGCAAGGUCACAGUGGCGACGGUCAACGCCCUGUCGUAUCUGAAGGACAAGCAUGGGGUUAUCCAUCGGGACGUGAAGCCCUCUAACAUACUGAUCGACGAGCGUGGCAACAUCAAGCUCUGCGACUUUGGGAUCAGCGGUCGUCUGGUGGACUCCAAGGCCAACACGCGCUCGGCUGGCUGUGCGGCGUACAUGGCGCCGGAGCGCAUUGAUCCAAAGAAACCAAAGUAUGACAUACGCGCCGAUGUCUGGUCGCUGGGCAUAACGCUCGUCGAGCUGGCCACUGCGCGAUCCCCCUACGAAGGCUGCAACACGGACUUUGAGGUGCUCACCAAGGUGCUGGAUUCGGAGCCACCCUGCCUGCCGAGCGGCGAGGGCUUCAAUUUUAGUCAUGAGUUUCACGAUUUUGUCAUCAAGUGCCUCACAAAGAACCAUCAGGAUCGACCCAAGUAUCCGGAGCUCCUGGUGCAGCCAUUCAUAAGGAACUAUGAAAUAGCCAAAGUAGAUGUUCCAAAUUGGUUUCAGAUGGUCAUGGAGUCGGCCGGCAAGCGGCUGCGCGUCAAUGGUGAUCCCACGCUGAAGAGACCAACAACAACAACAACAACAACAAAAACACCAGCAGCAACAGCGGCAACACCUGGAGGCGGUGCAGCAGGAGGGCCUGGAUCGGGAGUAGCAGCUGCCGCAUCAGGAUCGGCAGCCUCAACCAAAUACGGCAGAGCGGCAAUAACCUACCAAGCGUCGGCGAGCACCACGAAUCCACAGAAGACAAUAAAACCCACGCAGAUACCGAGCUACCAGCAACCACAGGCGCAGCAGCAACAGAAGUCGCAGUAUUUCAUACAAUCAGCCACACAACUACCUCAAACAACAACAACAACGAUAGGAGCAACAACAGGAGCAGGAACAGCCACAGGCACAGGCACAGGCACAAAUUGCUUCGGCCACAGUGGUGGGAGCAGGAGCGGCAGCAGCAGUGCCAGCCCAAUGUCGCCGGCCAGUGGGAUAAGUGCCAGCCCAUUGUCGCCGCCCAGCGGUGGUGGUGGUAUCAGUGCCAGCCCACUGUCGCCGCCUGGUGGUAUCAGCGACAUCAGCAAACUCUAUCGCAAGUCGCCCUUUAUGCAGCGGAAGCUGAGCAACGGAAACCCUCAUCAUUAUCAGCAGCAGCAGCACUACAAAUACAACGAUGAGAGCCCCAAGAAGGAGUCGAUGUUCAGCAGCAUUGGCCAAUCGAUUCUACGCAACCUGACGACAUCGCCCUUUAGCCAAAAGAAACAUCAUGGAACAUCGCCAGCGUCAGCUUCAGCGUCCGCAUCGACGACACCAACUGCAACACCAACAGCAGCAGCAACAAAAUCAACAGGAACAACACCACUGCCGCACAACAACCAAACAACCACCAAAACAACAACAACCAUGGAUCAAACGGUAGCAGCAACAGUAACAGCAACAGCAGCGCCAGCGACAGCACCCAGCACGCCACAUUGGCGGCUGCCAGCGGAUAAUCCCUUAGCCUAUGACAGCUGUGAUAGUAGUAGUAAUGUGAAUGUGAAUUUGAAUGCAAAUACCCUGACCCUGGGCCUGUCUUCACCCUCCCCAUCGCUGCAGCGCAGGCCAUUUCCCACAGAGCUACAAACACAGGCGGCAGUGGCAGUUCCAGCGGCAGCGGCAGCCCCAACAGGAUCGGCGGGAACUUUGCAGCUCAACUGCCAACUACAGCAGCAGCAACAACCACCACGUCUGCAGUCUGGGAAUCAAAGCCCCAUAGUGCUGCAACGUUUCUACCAUCAGCAGAACCAGCUUCGGGAGAAGGAGGCCGCCGAGCGGUACCAGCAGCAGCGGCAGCAGCAGUCAGUCGGCGGUACCAGCACGAACCCAUUCCACAGCAACUACGUGCCGCCACCGCCCUCGACGCACUCCACAUCUAGUCAGUCGUCCACGCAGUCAACGUGCUCGCAGAUUGCAGCUUCCCUCGCCAGUCAAUCGCCACCCGGAGCGACGACUGCGGCUGUGUCGGCGGCCGGGCACUUUGGGGUGGGCACUGCGGAGCAGCUGCAAUACCAGCCGCUGCCCCUAACGACGGCGGAGGCGGCCACCAGUCCCAGGUCGCAAGAUCAGCCCCUGCACCAGCAACAGCAGCAGCAGCAGCCGCCUCCACAGAUGGAGUAUGUCGGUGGAGGAGGAGGAGGAGGAGGCGGCGUAGGCGGUGGAGGAUCGAUGGUGGCCAGCAAGUUGAGUAAGCUUUAUGCUCGCCGACAACUUUUGGGCCAGAGCUCGAGCAGUGGGGCGAGCAGCAGCAGCCUGGACGGGAAGGAGCACCACGAUGCGGGCUGGUUCAACACACUCGCCGGCGCCAUGAAGCGACAGUUUGCCACCUAUGUUAAAACUCAAUUGAAUUCCACAGCCACGUCACCGGUGGCCAGCAUGGGUGAGCCACAGCCACAGCCACAGCCACAGUUACAGCAACACCACCACAACCAGAAUCAGUACCAGUACCAGUACCAGCAACAGCAGCAACAACCUAUGGAGUCCAUGUCGAGUCCAGUGCAGCCACAGAUCCAGAUGCAGAUGCAGAUGCAGAUGCAGUCGCAGGUACAGCCGCCAGCCUACAGGAGUGUCGUAAACAAUGGCGGCGGUGGCGGCAAGGCCUACUAUUAUCGCACCCUCUCAGCGGCCAGCAGCAGCAGUAACACCAGCCAGAGCACAUCUCCCACCACAGAGCCGCUGGGCAGCAGCGCUGGCUUUCUGCGGCGCUAUGGCAGCAGUGGUGCAGGUGGUCCUGGUGGCGGUGGCGGUGGCGGUGGCAGCAUAAGCACACCGCCCAGUCCGCACAUUCUGGCCGGUCUAGAUCGCAGACAUCGGAGUCCGGAUCCGCCGCCACGCUACAAUCGCGGCCAGUCACCGUUGCUGUUGCGCAAGAAUCUGCUCGAGCUGAGCGGACAGCCGCCGGGCUCCCCCCUGCUCCACAGACGAUAUGUGUCGGCUUCGCCGCCGUUGCCGCCACCGCGACGCGGCUCUGAGAGCGUCCCAGGAUCACCGCAGCACUUCCGCACCCGCAUCCACUACACCCCCGAGCCGCAGAGACGCAUCUAUCGCACCAUAGAUCAAUGAGUGGCGCUGCAAAUUAUGGUCAUGUGAUGCUGGUAUGGCUUCGAUGACGAUUCCGGCGGCGCUGGUGAUGCCUCCGAUGCCUCCGUUCUCGAUGCAUCAACGGGGGACCAGGCACCAAUGUCGAUGCCUGCACCUCGAGGCCACAUGAACACCGCCACAGCGGUGGGCGGAAUGAGAGGAGCGGGUCGCAGGGCAUACUCGGCGAGCGGUUCGUAUGCCAGCUUGUAUGCGGAUGCGGAUACGGAUACGGAUACGGAUACGAAUGCGGUUGGGAAUGGGGAUGCAUGGCCAGGAGCUCCAGUGGCUCCAGCAACAGCAAAAAGCAGCAGAAAUGGUAACCGAUGGAUGGAUAAGGCGCCGUGGACAUGUGAUUGAGACAGACAGACGGAGACGGGCAAAGCAAACGAAAGUGUUCAAAAGUCUUAUACGUAUAAGUGUUAGGCCUCAGCGAAAAUCUUCUUCAUCUUCAACGACCCUAGCUCUAAUUUAUUGUACUCUCCUUCGUUUUGUAUUCUCUUUCCUUUUUGUUUGCAUUACUAUCCUUGUUUAGAAUCGAAAUCAAAAGAUAUAUAUACAUAUAUAUCGUCCUAUAUCCGAGUCUUGUGCAUAUAUAGAAAUUCCUUUGCGCAAUAGUUGAAAGCAAUAAUGUUUGUCCAUUGAGAUAUGUAUCCGUAUAUCCAGCUAUCUAUCGUUCAGUCUACUACUACUAUAUGCCACGCCCCUUUCAAUGUUAAAUGUUUACAUUAUACAACUAUAUACACAGAUAUAUACAAGCAUAUACCUAUUAUAUACAUGAUUAUAGUAUGUAUUCCAUAUAGGAAGGAGUCAAGAGCAAUUUCGAUUUGUACGAAGAAUGUAUACACCCA